CCAAGAAGUUAUCUGGCUAAGCAAGAAAUCCUCCUUCAUGGAAUACCCCCCAGGUGAUCAGAGCUAAUCUAAGAACAAGAAUCUGCCAUUGAAUCUCCCCAGGAAGAACUUAUUUGGGAUACAGACACAGCUUAAUGAGAAUGUUUUCUUGCUUGGUGAUGCUAUGAAUAGAUUUAAAUUUAGGCAUAAAGCUGGAUAUUCACGUGGAUGUUCCGUACCUGAGAACACAAGUGCAAAGUGUCAUUUGGGAGCACAGAAUCAUCGGCAUUUGGUGAAGGUCUAUGCCAGACGUGCUAAGAGGAGACAAGCCGGGCAUUCUGGGAAAAACAGCACAGAAACACACAAAUGUUUUAGAGCAACUGAGUCUAACUUCCAGGAGUUCUUAAAUAUUCCUGUUAAAUUCUGCGCCAGUAGCGCUCUCUCCUUUUUUUUCAGCAGUUAAGUAGUGCAGCAGUUAGGAAAUAAUGCGACAUCUGACAAAACACUUGAAGGUUGGUGCUCUGUCAGUGGCUCCGUCAGAGGAACCCUUCAGUGAGGCAUUUAGCUUGCAUUGUACCCCUACAAAAGGUUUUCAGUGGACGGCGCCUUGGACCGAGCAUGCGAAUGAUGCAAUAGUGGUCUUAGCUUGCAAAAGGUGGCGAUUGCAGGAGAGGAUGCGUUUUCUCUGCCACGCUCAGCAGAGCAGGGAUACAGACCUCCGGGCACCAAUCGCACCAUCCCGCUGUGCAGGUCGGCCCGGGCCAAAUGGUCAUCUGAGGAAUUUCUUCAGGAUUACCUAUUGAAGACUUCCCAGAGCCGUGUUCACAGGGAGUGGCUUUCCUGGAACUCUCAUUAGGCUGCAGUGGCAGUGGGCCAAAGGGAGAGAAUUGCCUGAUACACUAUCCCAACCCCCUACCCCAGCCGGUAGCCCAUCCCUUCGGGCCAGUGCAGUUAUUGGCCAGCAGAGGGCGCCCACCAGUGGCAGCAGCUCAGCUUGGUGCCUCCAGCACCCGGCUGAAAUCCGGGAGGCUUCUCAUAGUGUCUGUCAGGUGCAUCAUGGUCCCUUUUGUUCAAACCUGAAGAGGUGCAGGAAGUGAUUGUGGUGAAUCUUUGGGCAAAACAGUACCUAUGCUCAUCCACUCCUAGCUGAGACCCUUUUGGUCAGCAUUAAACGUUCCUUUACAUUUCCAAACACUCUUUUCUUUCCCUCCAUUACUGCAGUUUACUCCUCUUUCCAUCUGUCUGAUGUUAUACUCUGAACACACGGCAUACAAACUCCACUUUCGCUCUCUGUUCAAGCCGUUUCUCGCCUGUUAUAACCGCUAUAAUGCAGAUUUCCAUUCCUUAAAUGGAACUUGCUCAUGGCUCAUCAUCCCACCCCUUUGUCCAACACUCAGGGCUGAGGAGGGAGACCUUGCGGUCUUUCUAUUCCAGAAAAAUCUAUGUAAUGAUCUCCUUUGUAUCACAUUCAAAAGCUGCUCGCAAGUCAACCGCCAGUAAAGAGGGCAAGUAAAGAUCAUCUAUUUACUCUAAAAUACUGUCCCCACGUGAGCGUAAUACGGCAUCUGAUCUGUCUACUAUCCUCUGCCAAAUUCUGAAUGUUUGGAAAGCCCUGCUAUAACCACCAUGAACUUGUAUUAGCUUGGCAGCAUCAGACUGGAGUACCAAGGCACGAAGCACAGGCCAUUAAAGCGAUGCAACGGAAAAGCCAGUUUAAAUGGUUGUUCUUCGGCAGUCUUUUGCGCUUCAUACGUUCAUACACGUGACCGCACUUCUGAGUGCUUUUUGUCCCAUAUAAUCUAUUAAUCUCACCAUCAUUAGUAACUCAAGAUGACAUAUUCUAUUCUUCUGUGUUCGUCUCAUCUUAGAUAUAAUGAAUGAGGAUGUGGUUUGAAGUAACAGGCUGCUGAGUCUUUGUGGGUAUUUUUGCACUGGUGAUGAUGGCAGCCAGUAUGGAGACCAGCCAGUACACUGGGAUUCUGACUCAUAAAUAUUCAGAGAUGGCGAGCAGGGUGGACUGCUUCCCAUGAAAGUCCAACAUAUUUCAGCAGUCUGACUUAAUUAAAAUGCAUUAUUUCCCUUUUGUCUUUUUUCCCCAUAAAUGAUCUCCCGCCUUUUAAAAUUGUUCUAAUACCUAGUUAGCAAAUUACUUCCUAAUUAUCCAGAUAAAUCCAUUGUUGAAAUGGAAAUUUUAUGAAAUUCAAUCGGAAUUGAAGUCAAUGAGAGGUAUGAAAUAUAUAUGGAUAAUUUCCUUGCAGGAAUUGCAGUGUGGAGAACCAUGUGGCAGAAGGAGAGCGUUUACGGUUUAAAGAUCCAUCCGAUUCAGAUUUAGAUCUAUCAUUUUAUUCUUGCUCCAUGUUCUAACUGGGCUAAAUCUGGCACAGUUGCCUCAUACCUCUGGGACCUUGGUUUGAGUCUCUACCACGACUCCAUGUGUGUGGAGUUUGUGUGUUUGAAGUUACCAAAUUGCCCAUAGGUGUGAAUGGUGUGUGAAUGUGCCCUGUGAUGAGUUGGCACCCGUCCUGGGUUGUUUCCUGUCUUGCGCCUGUAGCCGCCAGGACAGGCUCUGGACCCCUCGCUACCCUGAAUAGGACAAGUGGCUAAAGAAAAUAGAUGGAUGUUCUAAUGGAUCCCAGCCAUGAAGCGACUCUCUGAUUAAAAUAGUCUUAAAUCAAAGGGUUACAGCUUAAAGAAACUGGGGUCUUAAUUGGCCCUGUGUGUGCAUGUGUUGUGUGCAUGUAUGUACUUGCCCAGUGCCAGAUUGGUAUAUGAUGUUCAGGGUUCCCCUGUGCAUUGUGGGAUAGGUGCUUACUGCCACCUUCCUCUGGGAUAGACGCAGGAUGUCUUCAUAGUCACGUUUGGAUUUAUGCUGCUUCCACAAAUGUCUUAUAUUUAUGUAAUUCUGGUUUUAAAAGGCACUGCGCUGUCAUUUGGGUUUCGCGAAACAGUAGACAGGUGCUCUGACAUUUAUUCUGGACAUGUGAUAUAGCCCACCACCCUGACCAGGAUAACCGAAGAUGGAUGGACAUGAUAUAUAGUUGACCUUUCCAACUGUGCAGAACCGAUCAAAGACAAGAGGGUGGCUUAGAUGGCAUGUUUUUUUUGUUGGAAGAUGGGGGAGCUACCAGCUAAAUUGCACUCAAAAUGGUUAUUUUUGGAGAAAUACAUUGCAAGCUUUACCUCAGAAAAUGCAAAAAACACCAGCUAGAUAUACCUAACCACAGAGGUGAAAGAUGGUCUGUAGGCUGCAGGCAUGAAAUCAUCUGAGACCUGCUGUGCAUCCUGUGCUCUUCAGGGCAUGAAAAAAGCGUGAUGCAGGGUCACCUCAGCACUUCCUGAGCCACGACCCUGGGCUGAAACGCCUCGGCACGGGUUGUCACAGUUGAAGACAGCCACAGGAAGGGGCGGGGGUCCCUUUAUAGGCAAGUCAAGGCCCAGAAACGCAGAUAGACAUCAGUUCAGAGGGAUGGAGUGUCGGCAAAUAGGAGAUUUUAAGUAAUGUCUUUUGAAGAAGGCUUGUAUUAAACAUCCUAUAUGAUUUUCAGCCACAGCCACAAGGACAUUCUUUUUUCAGGAAAGUUCAUUUCCCAGAACAGUUCUGACUUUCCGUUCUAAUAGAUGGCUUACGGAAAUUAAAAAGCCCUUUUUUAUGAUUUAACAGUUUACGAAUUGUGGUGCCUUAAUGAUUAACAAACAGCAAUUUAAAAGAAGUGCCCAUUUAACAAACUGGGCCUGCAAUUGUCUUGAGAAAUAUUUAAUGAUGUAAAUUAAACUUUAUAUUCAGAAUCAGGAAUGUAUGAUAUCAAAUUCUCUGGCCCAUUGCCAUUUUCAAGGAUUCUAUCCAUGUUAAUUCAGUAGAUUGUUCAUUCAGCUUCAGUUGUAAAGUAGUAUAUUACCUGAAACUGGUUCACACCCCCUGUAUACUGCCCUCCAUAUUGAACUGGUGAUGCUACAUCAACUUUGCUAAUAUUCCAAAAAGAAAAUUUGGUGUUUAACUGGACCGCCGAGUAAAGCACGGCAACACCUUUACGAUAGCUAUAAAUACACACUCAUCUCUCCCGAGUGGCUGGUACAUGAGCAUGUGUUGCUGUUCCUUCAGUCUCGCACGCCUAAUUGGAGACUGAGGCCUGUGGUUUUUGAUACUGCGGUAGAAGUGGUAAAUCUUACUUUGAUGGAUGGGUAAUAUCUGCGACGGCAGCUCAGAUCAACCUCCAGAAUGAGAGCUGACUGACUUUGGCUUAUGGUUCCAGGCUGGAAACGAGGAUAUCAUGGUGUCUAGGGAAUGAUCUCAUCUGAACAAGGAGAAAGAGUUCUGUUAUACAGAAGUGUGUUACUAUGACAACAGAGACUCUGUUGAACUCAACUGUAUAUAACUCCAGAGAAGGAAUUAAAGCAUCUCAUGUUUUAUGGGGGAUGAUGUUUUACAGGAAGCCAAUAACAGAGAUUCAUUUCAAAGAGGAAUAACCUUUUACUUAGAGUUGGCGGCAUCUGCUGGUAAUAUUGGUGUAUUACAACAAAUGACGCUUUGUUGUACAUUAUUUUGAUUGUAAUGAUUCAGUAUUAUGUACAACAAAAGUGUCUUCCCCUCCCUCUUGCUGACGCCGUUCCUCUGCCUCUGUCCUGCUCGCUGCUCCUGUUGACUGGGUGUCCACAGGCCUGUUGGAGAACUUGAGCCGCGAAAUGGAGACAAAAUAUUGUGAAGAUGUGGGAGACAAAGGGCUGGGGGCAGGUCAGAACAGAAUACGCAGGAUGAAGAGGCGUCUCAAGCACAUGUGAUGUUCUCCAUAAAGGAAGUACGAAAAUAGAUCGAUCAAAACUCGUUUGAAGUCUGACAGGUGACGCCCUCCUUCUAAGAUGUCGGUCAGCAGAGCAAUCUCACUGUUGGGAUUUAUGGCUGUGGCCAUCUCUUCUCGAGACAGCUCCAAACCUGUAGUGACAGUCGAUCCAUCAGGCCAGAUAUACGAGGGCGACACCGUGAUCUUGACUUGCAAGGCCGAGGGACAGCGCUCCAAAGACUCAGCGAUCCGCUGGUUCCGAAACAGAGUACUGGCAGACUCCACGCUGCAAACUGAAACUAUCCCCGCAUCUGGGGUAUCCCUCACACUGAGACCUGCUGUGCCCUCAGACACAGAGAUAUACUGGUGCAGCAUUAUGGGAUGGGACAGCUGGCCCAUUCGGUUUAAAGUGCACGAGCUGUUUUCGCCGCCCAUGUUGAGCGUGGAGCCUUCAGGAAUGGUGACGGAAGGAGAGGACGUGACCUUUCGCUGUGAGGUUUGGUACCCCCCACGGAAAACUGGGGAGUCCCUGCAAGCCACGAUAUUCUUCACAGAUGACUCGGGUCGGCCCAAAGCGGUGUCCGCGGGGGACCAGCACACAUUUAUAGCUGAGAGGGCUAACGCUGGAAGUUACUAUUGUACAGCGCAGGCCGUGAAGAAUGACGUCAGAAAAAUUAGCCCCCUGCUGUGGCUGGCUGUCAGAGAGGUGUUUAUCAGCGUCACUCUCACUGCAUCUCCGGGAGUCAGAGUAAAAGCCGGCCAGCCCUUGAGCCUCAAAUGCUCAGCCGUGAUUAAAAACCAGAGCUCAGGCCACCAGGAUACGGACCGAGCCGAGACGUCCUUCACCUUCCUGCGAGACGGGCAGCCGGUGGUGACCCGCAGUCACUCAGAUCUCUACGACAUAAUCAGUGUCAACAGGAGCCACGCUGGGAAAUACAGAUGCGUCGUAAAUGCAGGGAGAGCCCAGAAACACAGCCAGGAGAUUCUUAUUUACUUACAGAAUGGACCGGUGGUGUUCGGCUUGGGGGCUUUAGGAUUCCUGGCCGCUACCAUUGUGCUGUGUGUGAAAUGGUUUUCCAGCUCUCUUUAAAGGUGUUGGAGGGACAGUCAAACACAUGGAGGGAUACAGGAUUGUCUUAAGCGGCAAGCAGACAAUGUUUGUGUGCGUGACUGGAGAAGCAUUUGGGGCAAACAAAAUAUUUGCAUAUAAAGUAAAGCAAUCAUGAGUGUGUAUCUGUUUCAUAUAAGCUUUAUUCCUAUUCCUGUUUCCUAUUAAAUUAGGUAGUGGCAGGUCAAAAUUGAACAUUGGUCCAGCUUAGAUAUUACCCUAUAAGGACACAAAGAAUUGCAAGUAAUUAUCUUGUGCAUUUUCAGAUUUCAUUAUUGCCCCCCCCCCCCCCCCGACCUGAUGAGUGGGGACAUCACUUCUUCUUCCAUGGCAGUUUGUCGGAUGUGUGACAUCAUUUAUAAAGCAUUAUCGUGGCACCUUAUUCAGUGUGUUUCUUAGUAGGUACCUGUAAGAAAAUUGAGUGCAACAUUAACCUAUAUUUUUGGUUGAACCAUUGAAAUAUUGAUUUAAAUUGUAUUUCCCUGGAUAGAAAAAAGCUAAAUUAAAGCAGCACCACUUAGUGGUAACAAAGGGAAGGGGGACUGCAGAUGACAUUUGACACUGUGAAUGCGAUGAGUCAAAAAGUAUUUGAUGGAUCUGAUAUUUGCUUCAAAAAUACAUUUCAAUGAUGAAAAUUUAUACCUGAUUUAAUUUUGAGACAAAUUUCCGCAAAAUUGAAACAGCAGCGCUAGAUGGUAGCAAAGGAAGGAAAUGGAGGCUGCAGAAGACACAAUAUUGUGAGCACAGUAACUCUAAAAGUAUUUGAUGGGUGUUUUUCAAAAAUAUUCUUUCGUCUUCACCCCCCCAUGGAGGAGUUUCAUCGUACCGAAAGUGGUCGUGAGACUUGACCGAUUUUUUUUAAAGAGGGAUCCAUCUGGGUCCUAUUUCAUUUUGAGACAAAUUGUACCAAAACUGAAGCAGUCUCACUAAGCCAGUGUGGUGGCACAUGAAAGGACAGCCGCAGAUGCAGAUCUGGAAAACCUGAUUACAUUGAGAUGAGCAAAGUCACACAAGGUUUAAUAAAGCUUUUAAUAAAGAUUUAAUAAAGAGGUGGGGAUAGUGUGCAGGGUGCUAGAGAUUGAAGGUGUGGGGGAGUAGGGAUUAGAUGUGGCAUUGCGGACAGAGAAAUGAUAAAUUGAAUCAGAAGUGUCUAGUUUUCACACUGUCCUCUAGUCAAUCCACUUACCAGCCGAUACCUAAUGUAACUUAUGUUUGUUUAAUAUGAAUUUCUGAUCAUUCCUGAUAAUAAAUUAGAUUUUUGGCUGCUGUAACAUUUGCUCUAGUACUUGGCUACUAUGAACAUAAAAAUGCCUUUUUUAAUAUAAUCUGUUUCAACUUUGAAGAGCAACAAUAUACGUAAUGCAAGCAUACUAAACUUAAUGCAUAUUAAACAUAGUCUGCAGAAGAAA